GGGGCUGCAAGCUGCCCUGUCCCCAUGAAAUGCCCUGUCCCUAUGUCCCUGUCUCCGCGCCAGGGGACAGGGCCAGGCCCGGCGUGUCGCAACGCCUCCCGAUAACGGGGGCUAUAAAGGGGCCGCAGGGGCAGCCCGCCGCGGCUGGACGGGGCAGGGGACGCCGGCGCUGGCGAGCGGGCCAUCCUGGAGCUGCCGCCAUGCCCCGGGCUCUGCUCUUCCUCCCACUCUUCCUCCUCAUCCUGGGGGGCAGCGUCCUCCCCGCCGCCCUCCCCGGGCCGGGGGCCGGUGACCCCGCUGCGGCGCGGGCGCUGCUGGCAGAGCUGGCAGAGCACGUCCCGCCGCGGGCCCUGCCGGAGGGCAACUUCUCCUGCCAGGACCUUCGCCCCGACGCCCUGCCCGGCUUCCCCCGGCUCCCGCUGCCCCUCCGUGCCCUGGCCCGCGCUGCCAUGGCGCUGGCGCUGAGCGGGGCCGCCUGCGGGCCCCAGGCCGAGGCGGAGGUGCUGGGUCUGUCGCAGGAGCUGGGCCCCACCAUGGCUGCGGCGCUGCUGCGGGGGCUGGCACGGCUGCGCGGCACCCCGGCCCCCCAGGCCCUGUCUGUCCUCCUCAGCCUGGUGCAGCCAGGGGUCUCUGCCCCGCCGCGGCUCUGCGGGGUGCCCACCCGGCUCCAGCGACCCACCGCCAGCACCCACCCCACCCCAGCCGCGGCCUCGGCCGAGGGGGUCCGGGUGCCCCCGGGGACCAGCGCCCUGGCCUGGCUGCUGCCGGCCGCCACGUCGCCCGGCGCCGGCGGGGAGGAUGAGGACGCCUGCGACCCGCCGGGGGAGCGGGAGGCCCACGAGGUGCUGGAGUGGGUGCCAGGCGUCAGCACCUUCUACAACCUGGGCACCAGCCUCUACUACGCCUUCCAGGGCUGUGAGGUCGUGGCCUCCACGCGGGCCCUGGAGGUGGCCGAGGACCUGGGCUACGCUGGGCUGGCCGCCAUCACCGCUGGGGCCAGCAGCCCCGUGGCGCUGGGGCUGCAGCUGGGGCUCCAGCCGGGGCUCAAGGCCGGGGUGCGGGCACUCAUCGGCUACUUCACCGCGGACGAGGACGCCCCGCCAGCGCCCACUGCCCACAGCGGCCCCGUGCUCAUCGUCUGAAUAAAGCCCCAUGCGGUGGCCGGGCCCA